UGGUAAAUCAAAAUAAUCGAUUUAAUAAAGGCAAACGCUUAUCAUUUUCUCAUUCGGCUGCUAGACAGCUUGUUAGACAGCAGACAUGGCUGCUGUCCUAAAAGUUAAAACCUUACAGGGUCUAAGAAUAUUUCAACAGAAAUGUAUUUGGACCAAAGGAUCAGUACGCUUCGCCUCGGUUGGGCAAGGCAGGAUAGAUAAAUUACUAAUUGCCAACAGAGGAGAGAUUGCCUGCCGUGUGAUGCGAACAGCAAAGAAGAUGGGUGUGCGCUCUGUGGCAGUAUACAGUGAUGCAGACCGCCAUUCCAUGCAUGUGGCCAUGGCAGAUGAGGCCUAUAACAUUGGGCCAGCUGCAUCCCAGCAGAGUUAUUUGUCAAUGGAGAAAGUCUUGGAGGUUGCCAAGAGAUCUGGAUCACAUGCUGUCCAUCCAGGAUAUGGCUUCCUGUCAGAGAACACAGAGUUUGCUGAGGCAUGCAAACAGGAAGGUAUCAUUUUCAUUGGUCCUCCAUCAUCUGCCAUCAGAGACAUGGGUAUCAAAAGUACAUCAAAAUACAUUAUGUCAGCUGCGGGUGUUCCUAUCAUUGAGGGUUACCACGGAGAGGACCAAUCGGAUGAGAAGCUCCAAGCUGAGGCUGUCAGGAUUGGCUACCCAGUGAUGAUAAAGGCAGUGCGUGGCGGGGGUGGUAAAGGAAUGCGCAUUUCACACACCGCUGAAGAUUUCCACGAGCAGCUUGAGUCUGCGAGACGAGAGGCUCGCAAGUCCUUCAACGAUGACGUCAUGCUAGUGGAGAAAUUUGUAGAGGACCCCAGACAUGUGGAGGUCCAGGUCUUUGGGGACCAGCAUGGAAAUGCUGUCUACCUGUUUGAGCGGGACUGCAGCGUACAGAGAAGGCACCAGAAGAUCAUUGAGGAAGCACCAGGGCCUGGUAUAAGCGAGGAGGUGAGGCGGAAACUGGGAGAGGCUGCGGUGAGAGCAGCCAAAGCCGUCAACUAUGUGGGAGCAGGCACUGUGGAGUUCAUCAUGGAUGCACAGCACAACUUCUACUUCAUGGAGAUGAACACACGUCUGCAGGUGGAGCACCCUGUGUCUGAGAUGAUCACUGGUACUGACCUGGUGGAGUGGCAGCUCAGGGUGGCUGCAGGCGAAAGGCUGCCCCUCCUGCAGGAUGAAAUAGAACUGAUGGGACAUUCGUUUGAGGCCAGGAUAUAUGCUGAGGACCCCAACAACGACUUCCUCCCUGGGGCAGGACCCCUCCUUCAUCUGUCUACACCCCUGGCAGACGAAAACACACGCAUCGAGACGGGCGUCAGGGAAGGAGAUGAAGUGUCAGCCCACUACGACCCCAUGAUCGCUAAACUGGUGGUGUGGGGAGAGGACCGAUCUGCUGCUCUGAAGAAGCUCAGAUACUGCCUACGCCAGUACAACAUCGUAGGCCUCAACACCAACAUUGACUUCCUGCUGAGUCUGUCUGGGCACCCAGAGUUUGAGGCGGGGAAUGUGACCACCAGCUUCAUCCCCCAGCACUAUGAGCAGCUGUUCCCUAAGCCCAUUCCUCCCUCCAGGGCCACACUAUGUCAGGCUGCCCUGGGCCUGCUGCUCAGAGAGAGGGCCAGCACCCAGACCUUCAAAGACCAGUCCAAUGAUCCCUUCUCUCCUUUUGCCUCCAGUAACGGCCGGAGGGUGAACAUCCUAUACAGUAGGAAUAUGACCCUCCAGCUGGGUGAAACUAAAGUGGAAGUAACAGUUACAUACAAUCCAGAUGGGACUUACUCUAUGGAGAAUGAAGGUGAAGUGUUCCAGGUGUCAGGGGAGGUGGAGACAGAGGGGCAGGCAUCAUUCCUGCACUGCUCUGUCAACGGGGUGAAGUCCCGGCCCAAACUGGUCAUCCUCGAUAACACAGUACACCUCUUCUCUAUGGAGGGCAGCGCAGAGGUGAGCGUUCCAGUGCCCAAGUUCCUGGCUGGUGUGAGCACAGGAGCACAGGGAGGAGCUGUGGCACCCAUGACCGGGACCAUUGAGAAGGUGCUGGUGAAGGCAGGAGACACUGUGCAAAUGGGAGACGCAUUGAUGGUGAUGAAUGCCAUGAAAAUGGAGCACACCAUCCGAGCACCCAAGGCUGGAGUUAUCAAGAAGGUGUUUUUCAAGGAGGGCUCCCAGGCCAACCGACACGCAGCCCUGGUGGAGUUUGAGGAAGCCGCUGAGGAGGAAUAAUCUCAUCUGUGUGAAUAUCCGUGUGAACUUUGACUGUAAGAGUUACUGUAGAAAUUAUAGGAAAGUGGCAUUUUGAAUUCAACCGGAAGGGUUGACAUUUUCUGUAGGAGUAGCAAACUGCUGUACCAUCCUAUGGGAACACACUACAGGUCCAUGUGUUUCACACUGUACAUACAGUAUGAGAUGCCAGAAUGUUUUAAUCUUCAUUUUCUGAUGGCUGUAUAAAAGUAGAAGUCUGGCUUUUGUACUGUCCUCUGCAAAGUGCUCUUGUAGUCGGUUUCUCUAUGCUUGGCUCAUGGUUCUACUAUAACCACUAAACCGCUAGCUUUUUGGUGGGGGUUCUUCCUUUCCUGAUGCCUUUUCUUCAAGCUUCAGUUUUUUUCUAGCUUCACUAUAGCAUGGUCCCAGAUCUGUUUGUGCUCGUCACCUCAUUGUCAAGCUAAAAAUGUUUUAUGGUUUAAUGACAAGGAGUUGGCAUGAUGACACAAACAGGUCUGGCACUCAGACUACAUCUCAUGAUUCAGAUUCACUCCAGGCUGUCAAAUUCAAAUAAGGGCUAUUUGCUGCUAACAGCCUCCCCUCACAGGCCUACCUUGUUGUGAUUAAUGACCAGAAUCUGGUUACGUUACAGUCCAACAGCUAAUACCAGGGAAGAGAUGGCCUGCCAUCUGAAUUCAUUAAAUACGGUCAUCUCUCACAUCAUGUGACCUACAAAAUAGAUUGACCAUCAAAUAACCAAUUUGAGAGAAAGGUGGAGCACAUCUGUGUUUUUAUAGGUGUUGUAAUAUGUCAGCAUUAUAAAGUGUUGAAUCCCCCAAAGCACACUCCUGACAACUUUGUGGUGAGUUAUUAUGAAUGUGUGCCGUCAUCCAUUCAGGAGUGCAUCUGUAUUAUUCACGUCAUGAUUUGUAAUUAGCAGAGGGUUGUCAAAUUACGUUUUUCUAAAAGAUAAUUUCAGAUAGAUAAAGUUAUUUCUCUAAAUGUC